ACAUUGUUUUUCUCUGCAGAUGUCUUGUAUCUCUGGGGUUCCAAAAAAUAUGUUUUUUCUCUGCAGAUGGGCAAUAAAACAUGAAGGCUUAUCCAAACCCGGCCAAUGGAAAUUGUCGAAAGUGAAAAACCCUUUGUGGAACAAACUAACCUAUUUGUGGCCAGUUCUGCCAAAUGGAGAGAUUAAUGAGGAAUUCGAUUGGCCCAUUCAAGGAUCACUUAUGGUAGACAGCCCACCUCUGCAGAGACCUGCCUUCAGCCACCCAGACAGGCUCACCCCGGUGAGACUGAAGGUUCUGAAGAAUGGGGAUUGGGACCAGAGCAGAGCCUGUGUCAUCGUGGGACAAGACCUACCCAAUAUGCACCUAUGCGUUGGUGCAGCUAGCUCCGGUGAACUAUGUGAGAAGAAACCUAAUAAAGAGCAGGCAAACAGAAAAAGUGUAUUAGUGAACUCCCUAAAAGUGGAGCAGAUUGAAUUGCAGCAGUUUUUAGAAAGGUGUACACAGAUAAUGAACUUACCUUCCGCUGCCCGCAGACUAUAUAAUGAAAACGGCGCUGAGAUUUUUUCUUUGAGAGGCCUUGAAAGAGAUCAGCUGGUCUAUGUGUCCUGCGGGGAGCUUUGGAUUGAUCCUCAGUUGUCAGCGACUGAGCAAAAGAGGCAGAUUCUGCUGAGCAAUCUCACUUCUGAUGUUUCCUUUAUUCACAGCUACUGUUGCUUGAGAAACCCAGAAAAUCUAGCCCUGGAGGUAUAUGGUGACAUUGUCGCUGGGACAAGGCUGUCAGUGAAUUACUGUGCUGUGCAAACAACCAGUGAAGAACAAGAUGUGGAUAACCAGGAGAUUCAAGGAGAGCAAAUCAUUGUGGAAGAGGAUGAACUGGAAGAGACGCAGAGCCCCCAUAGAAGAGCUCACAGAAGAAUUGAUGCAUUAUUUACAGAUUUUAAAUAUCCCUGGCAACAAAUACCUCUGGACACUGAGGAACCCACUGAUGCUGGAACAGAACAGGACCAAAUCCAGAAAGAAAAAAGCUAUUUUAGGACUCCUAGAAAAUGGUUGAAGAUUCAUCAACAACAGUUUGAAUAUGUAGAUGGACAGAUUGUUAAUUCUGCUCUCCCCGGUCUUGUAUUGGGAGUGAUAGAGAUUCACGAGGGGGGUGAUGUUCUGCUUGUAAAUCGGGACCCCGAUGACCUCAGUCAGCGCUGGAAAUACCUGGAGGAAAGCAGAACAUUUCAUUUAGCUAGUAACAACGACCUUGUGUUGGCCCUCUCAUUGCCAAAAGUGUACCCCGGGGUUAAAGAGCAAGAAAUAAGGUUCCCAGGAUGCCCUAUUAUUCUUCAGAAAUAUAAAGAACACAUUAAUGGAGGAGCCAAUCAGAAAUGGUUUUAUGAUGAUAAUAGAAAAGUGCUGAUGCCAUUUUAUAGUGACCAGCUGGAUAAGGAUAUCACAGCAGCCAUUCACACAUCAGUCUGCACUUAUACUAUUACCAGUACAGAGGAGAUAAGUCAACCAGGAUAUCUUCUGAUCUCACCAAACAACAAAGAGGAAACAAUGACUUGUAUGUCCUGUGCAAGAACCAUAAGACCAAUGAUAGAGAUGAAGAAAACCAAAGUGGGUACAUUGUUCUCUUGUGCCUCAGGACUGGAAGAUUCCAACCUAAGUCCUUUAGGACCUUUUCAAUGUCUUCAUGUUGGAAAGACUGACCUAUCCAGCGCUGAAGCAGAAAAUACACUGGACUACUUGAAAGACGUGCUGUCUUCUAUGGGAUACCAGCACCAUGACUUCAAUAUUGCACAGUAUUUAUCAACUGCUAAAAAUUACAGGGCUAUACGAGUAAAGGCCUACAAAAAUGGCAAUGGAUUCAGGAACGGAAGGGUCCUCAUUGCUGGGACAUUUCUAGAGCUACUAGAUCUCUGUACAAAAGAGUUGGACCUCCCCAGACCUGCCUGCAGGCUGUAUACUGUGGAUGGUACAGUCAGCCUGAAAUUGUCUAAUCUGGUCACUUGGGCUGUGAAUGAUUUCUCCAAACACAACAAGGAGCAAAUCGGAGAUGAGGAGAAGCAAACCGACAACCGGAAUGAUCUUGAAACUGACACAUCUACAGUAACACAGAUGGGUCUUGAAGAGGUGACAGUGGAUGAGUAUUUGCUGUGUUAUAUUCUGCGGCAUCCUAUUGAAGUUUGGGUGUCCUGUGGGGAACCCUUUGUAUCACCCCAUGCUGUCCAGCGAUCAGAAAGACAAGAGAAAAGACAUUGGUUACAGAAGAAGGAGAUUGUGAUUGGACGCAGCUUGAUGAAACACAAAAUGAGACACUUACAAGCUCGACGUGUAACUGCUCUUGCCCCGCCCACCAUGGUGCCCACCACCAAUCCAACCCAGCCCGUGUCUGUAGAAGGAGGCUGGACUGAAGUCACUGAUGAGGAGCUAAGACUGAAGGAAGAACUAGAGAACGUGGAGAUGCGGCUCUCUGAUAGUCCAGCUACCCGUGUGAAGGUUCAGCCUUCAGUAGCAAACAGUGAGAAAUCCCUGUACACCUAUCCCACCAUGAAAAGAGUCCUGGCUUACAGGAAUGGAGGCAGUUCAGAGCAAGCUGUAUAUGCUUGGGGCAAAUCUCUGGAAGAGUUACUGGACGACUGCACUUUAAAGCUGAGUAUGCAUCAUUUGCCGGCAGCAGUACUAUAUGAUGGGAAUGGCGAAUUGGUGACGUCUUGGGAUGACAUUAAGAAGGACAUGAUCUUGUGUGCAUCUGCAGGAGAGCCAUUUUUAACCAAACAAACAUGCAGAGACCAGAUAAACAUCCGAGCCAACUAUGCAAGAAUCAGGAGGAAGUAUGGUCGCGAGGCCACAGAUGUCAUCAUAUCAACACCUGAAGUCGUCAUAUCCAUACCAAACAACGUUUAAUGAGGGAGGGAGGUCUUAGUGAUGCUGCCUGUCUUCCGGUUUUCAUAGGGUGGCUGUGAGUGUCAUUUAUCUUGGAGUGAUGCACGUUUCUCUUGAUGGAUCACAUAUAGGAGGAUAUUCAAGUUGAAGAUCUUUACACCGAUCACUUUAUAUUUGUAAUUGGAACGGAUUGUUGAUAUGGACAAUGAUGAAUGCACACAUAUUCACUUAUGAUAAGGAUGUGAUAUUUAACUGUUAUGCCUUGUACACACGGCCGGACUUUCCCAGGAAAAAAAGUCAGGCCUCGUACACACGAACCGAGG